CGACCUGAGCAACACCCACUUGAACGGCCGCAUUCCUCCCGAGAUUGGCAGCCUCACCACUCUCACUCUCCUCAACCUCGCGAACUGUUCUCUACGUGGGUACAUUCCCACCACAUUCAGUGCUCUCACGUCUCUCUCCCUCGUAGAUCUGAGUCACAACACCCUACGGGGCACCAUGCCGUCGUUCCUCAGCCUCCUGCAGAAUUUGAGGCGCCU